CCAGCCUCGGCCCGCCCUGCCGGAAGGACGAGCUCUCCUGCCCCUAGACUCGGUGGUGGCAGCGCGGGGACAGCGGCGGCGGCUCCGGGAGGCGGCGGCCCCGGCAUGGACACCCGGCUGGACCAGGAGACGGCCCUGUGGCUGCGAUGGGACAAGAAUCCUUUAACUUUGGAGUCAGUGAAACAAUUAAUUGCAGAAGGUAAUAAAGAAGAACUACAAAAAUGUUUUGGAGCGCGAAUGGAGUUUGGGACAGCUGGCCUGCGAGCUGCUAUGGGGCCAGGAAUUUCUCAUAUGAAUGACUUGACCAUCAUCCAGACUACACAGGGAUUUUGCAGAUACCUGGAAAAACAAUUCAGUGACCUCAAGCAAAGAGGUGUCGUGAUCAGCUUUGACGCUCGAGCCCAUCCAGCCAGUGGAGGCAGCAGCAAAAGGUUUGCCCGACUUGCUGCAACCACAUUUAUCAGCCAGGGGAUUCCUGUGUACCUCUUUUCUGAUAUAACCCCAACCCCCUUCGUGCCCUACACAGUGUCACAUCUGAAACUUUGCGCUGGAAUCAUGAUAACCGCCUCUCACAAUCCAAAGCAGGAUAAUGGUUAUAAGGUUUAUUGGGAUAACGGAGCUCAGAUCAUUUCUCCUCAUGAUAAAGGGAUCUCCGAAGCGAUUGAGGAGAAUCUGGAGCCAUGGCCUCAAGCUUGGGACGAUUCUAUAAUCAACAGCAGUCCGCUUCUCCAUGACCCAAAAGCUUCCAUCAGUAAGGACUACUUUGAAGACCUUAAAAAAUACUGUUUUCACAGGAGUGUGAACAGGGAGACCAAGUUGAAGUUUGUGCACACCUCCGUCCAUGGCGUGGGGCAUGAUUUCGUGCAGUCGGCUUUCAAAGCUUUUGACUUUGCUCCUCCUGAGGCCGUUCCCGAACAGAAGGAUCCUGAUCCUGAGUUCCCGACAGUGAAAUACCCGAAUCCCGAAGAGGGUAAAGGUGUCUUGACUUUAUCUUUUGCUUUGGCUGACAAAACCAAGGCCAAAAUCGUUUUAGCAAACGACCCAGAUGCUGAUAGACUUGCUGUGGCUGAAAAGCAAGACAGUGGUGAAUGGAGAGUGUUUUCAGGCAAUGAGUUGGGGGCCCUCUUGGGCUGGUGGCUCUUUACUUCUUGGAAAGAGAAGAACCAAGAUCACAGUGCCCUCAAAGACACGUACAUGUUGUCCAGCACCGUCUCCUCAAAAAUCCUGCGGGCCAUUGCCUUAAAGGAGGGUUUUCACUUCGAGGAAACAUUAACUGGCUUUAAGUGGAUGGGAAACCGAGCCAAACAACUAAUAGACCAGGGGAAAAAUGUCUUAUUUGCAUUUGAAGAAGCUAUUGGAUACAUGUGCUGCCCUUUUGUUCUGGACAAAGAUGGAGUCAGUGCUGCCGUCAUAACUGCAGAGUUGGCUAGCUUUCUAGCAACCAAGAAUUUGUCUUUGUCUCAGCAGCUAAAGGCCAUUUAUGUAGAGUAUGGCUACCAUAUUACCAAAGCUUCAUAUUUUAUCUGUCAUGAUCAAGGCACUGUUAAAAAAUUAUUUGAAAACCUUAGAAACUACGAUGGGAAGAAUAAUUAUCCAAAAACUUGUGGCAAAUUUGAAAUUUCUGGCAUUAGGGACCUUACAACUGGCUAUGAUGAUAGCCAACCUGAUAAAAAAGCUGUUCUCCCUACCAGUAAACGCAGCCAAAUGAUCACCUUUACCUUUGCUAAUGGAGGCGUGGCCACCAUUCGGACCAGUGGGACAGAGCCCAAAAUCAAGUACUAUUCAGAAUUGUGCGCCCCCCCUGGAAAUAGUGAUCCUGAGCAGCUGAAGAGAGAACUAAAUGAACUAGUCAGUGCUAUUGAAGAACAUUUUUUCCAGCCACAAAAGUAUAACCUGCAGCCAAAAGGAGAGUGAAAUAUCCCAGCCUUGGACAUGAUUGUGUUUACCUACAAUGAAGCUGAGCUUGAUUUCUUAAGCAGUAUUUUCGAGGGCCAAAUAAUUUAAGCUAUUGCUACAAGUAUUUAUAUUUUUGUAAUAGAACUACAUUCCUCCUUGUUUUAUGUUGGAACUUUAAGGCAAAUAAAGAAAGAUGACCAAAUCUAAUAAGCCAACAUUCCUACUAAAAGGCUGAGCCUGAGCAGCAUCUGAAUUUUAAAAAUGAAGAUUUUAAAAAUAACUUUCAAAAAUAUAUCAUAAUUAAUAUACUUUCAUUAGAAUAAAUACCAAAUAUGUUUCUUUUCUAAAAUCCAUUUUAUGUAUAAUUGAAAUAGCCAGAAAGCCUAUACAGUUACUAAAUUCUGGGCUGUCUUAUCUAGGGUAGCCACUUUUACAUAUAUGUAUAUUUACAUUUUGAUCAUUUGCUUAUAAAAUUAGUGAAUGAACAGAUCAAAUGUUGUGUUUAGGGAAAAUACAAUUUACAGGAACCUUUAAAGUGGAGCAGAAGAUACUUUAAAAAGAUAAGGUUUUUUGAUUUAAAACUUUUUAGUUCUAAUAAUGCACCAUUGUACAUCAUGUAUGUGCUAGGGAAAAAUAGCUUAACAAUCUAUGUUCAGUAUGUUAACAUUCCUUUUAUCUCUUUAAAUCUUGAAUCAAACAGUUGGUUAUGUGAAACUUGCAGAGUAGAUUAUUGCGGUUUUUUGCGUUAGCACAACUUAAUGUAAUUCUUAGUCCAAAGGCAGCAAGAAGUAACUGCAGUAACUACCUGACCUUGAUUUUUCUUUUUGCCUUUUUGUCUUAUGUUAUCACACUGUAAAACCAGACUUUUCCAGGUUCAUUAUUUAAUCCGUGCCUUCUACCCUCCUAACUGAUGGCCUUAUAACCUUCCAGAAUGAUGCCCACUGAGUACCCAUGACCUAGGACCAAAGUGUUCUUUAUAUACUUUUUAUAUUGUAUGUGAUUUUUUUUUAUUUUUCAAGGAAAUGAUUGCCCAUUAUUAUUAACUUAAAUGGUUAUUAACAGUUUCAGAACGAGGAAAAAUUACAGUACUAUUGACAAUUAUGUUUCUAAUGUAAAGGAAAGAAUAUUUGUAUACCCCACUGACACACCGUGUGCGCCCUCCCAGAACUCUUACAUCUACAACAUUCAGUAUAGUCAGUCGGCUGCUUCGUUGUAGAAGCCAUAUUUAUUUUUGUUUGAUAAUGUCUUCUAGUCUUAAACUGUACUCUGGAAAAAAGAAAUGUUAGAUCUUUGGCCUUUCUCCAGACAUUUUUUUUUAGCACAAAAACUACCCCAUGACAGAGUUUGUUUCUGGAAAUGUGAAGGUGAUUAAGACCCAGUCCUGCUUGAUGGAGCUCAGGGUCUAACUGGGGGGCUAGUGAGUAACUAGAGUACAGAUUCUGUAACAGAGUCAUUUGCAAAGGACUCAGGCUUGAGAAUUGUGAGAGAGGGAUUCAUUCUGCCCAGAGGAGUAACCAGCACCUGGAGAUGGAGGGGAAUGUCUUGUGGGCACAGAGCACAGCAUUAGCAAAAGCCUAGAGGUGCUGGCACGUGUGGUGGGAGAGGGAGGAGGAGAGAUGGUAAAAACGGAACCCAGAUGUAAACUUCAGGGCCUCCGCCACUUCUCUGCCACUCACAUGAGCCAUUCAGUUGGACCUAGAGGAGAGCCUCCUGUAUUUCUCACUAUUUCUUCAACUUUUUCUUGUUAUUAUGGGAAGCAGGGUAGCAACAUGUGGUGUGUAAAACUUGCAAGAGAAGGCCCCAGCAUUCUAUCUAAUCUUGGUCCAUUCUGAACCAGCUCUGUGACCAUGGUCAGGUCACCUAACCUCUCAGUCUCAAUUUUGUUAUUUUUUAAAGACUUUGUUAAUUUUGUAAGGUAGUUCUAGGUUCACAGAAAAAUUGAGAGGAAGAUACAGAGAUUUCCCAUAUCCUCCCUUCCCCCGCACAGGCACAGCCUCCCCCCUUAUCAACACCCCCCGACUAGAGUGGUGCAUUUGUUACUACUGAUGAACCUAAAUUAACACGUUGUUAUCCUCUAAACUCUGGAGACAAGAAAAAGGAUCAGUGAUUGCCAGGGCUUAAGGGGGAGGGAGGGAUGAACAGGCAGAGCACAGAGGAUUUUUAUGUCAGUAAAAAAACUUUUAUGUAUGAUACUGUAAUAAUGAAUCCAUGUCAUUAUACAUUUGUCCUAAUCCACAAAAUGUACAACAGCAAGAGUGAACCGUAAUGUAAACUAUAGGCUUUGCGUGAUAAUUUUGUCAUUAGAAUGAAGGAUAAUUUUGUCGUUAGAAUGAAGAGAUUUUACUAAAUGGUCUCUGAGGCCAAGAAUGAAGAGAUUUUACUAAAUGGUCUCUGAGGCCAUUUCAUGCUGCGGGUCUUUAAAUUAUAUAAAAACCCAUUAACGGAACCGUCAGCAAUAAUAAAUUAUUGGCAGUUCUCUUUGGUGUAAUGCUUAACUAGCCCUCUUAUAAGACCUAACAUCUGAGAUGGGAGAAAAACGCUUUGUACCAAAGAGACAGGCAGCCUUGAGUUCAUAGCCCACCUUGCCUUGCAGCGCAAAGGGAGGAGGUGCUGAAAUGGGGGCUGAGGAAGGCGGAGCCACGUGACAUGCAGAUGCCAGGGGAAUGUUCUGUGGGGGCCUGACAGCGCUCUCUGCCUUCUCAUCGCUAAACCUUUUUGGGAAAGACUGUCUGAUUUGAAUGUAGAGGUGGCAGCCCGUUGUCUCUUGGUGCCUAGAAAGAACACAUCACAAGUUCAUUCUGAGAGACUGACUUGCAGGAGGAAAUAAAUGCAGGCCAUCCUGUAUGGUUUUUUUAUUCAUGGUGUCCCUAUGAAAUAACAGCUGCUCUUUCCUUCAAGAAA